CAUGGGUCCCAACUGAAAAAUGGGCCACGAGAGGGCAGCAGAGGCUCAGCGAUCAAACGUGAAGGGACGUGGUACCAGCACUGUACCACAUGGGACAGACUACCGAAAACCAACGAGAAGAAGCUUUGCUAGCUCUGCUGCUAACUUUGUUGAGGUAAGACUUGAAGGACACACUCAACGAGUUUUUCUUCCAUUUCUGAAGACCAACUCACUUCGAACGUGGCGCUUUUCGCACGUCCAUAUUUGCUUGUCAUACUUCCGGCUUCGUCAGUUAGCUCGCUUCUUGAUUGGCUAACGUUCUGGUGAUGUCACUCCAGUUUGAACUGAACUUAACAUUUCAAGUUCAUGUUCAACAUAAAUCUAUCUAUCUAUCUAUCUAUCUAUCUAUCUAUCUAUCUAUCUAUCUAUCUAUCUAUCUAUAGCUAUCUGUAUAUCUGUCUGUCUGUCUGUCUGUCUGUCUGUCUGUCUGGCUGUUGAAGUGGAGCGAUGCCUGUGGGCGGAUCGAUACAAAUAUUGAUACAAAGGGUAAUAUCAUUAUCGUAUAAGCUGAUGAAAUCGAUGUUUUUUACUUUAUGUCUGUUUAUUUUCACAAAUAUACGUCUUUUGUUUGGUUGUUCAUGUUGCUACAAUCAUACUGUUAUAUUUUCUACAACAGAAGGGCUUUGGGGCAAAAAGCCAAAUUAUUUGAAUGAGAACCAAUAGGUAUAAUACUUUAGUAAGUAGUUUUUGCUUUUGUUGUUUUCUAAUACUGACUUUAUUUUGCUCAAACAAUUUAAUAUAAUCAAAUGGAAUAAAACACGGACUGAAUAUUUUUUUGAUAUUGUUACAUCGUCUUACAGUUGUAUUUAUAUAGUGUUAAAUUGCUCACUAAUUAUAUAUAUAAAUACAAUUCUUAACCAUGAGCCACAAAUUUAAGUCAAAAUCACAAAUUUCUCUUAAACAUUUCACGUGAAAAGUAUUGUUAUCGGGAUUGCUGGCCCUAUGUACUUUGCUUCGGAUCGAUAACAAAAGUUGCAGUAUCGCCCGCCCAGUACUGCCUAUGAUUGGAGGGAGGUGCCGUGGGUGGUGGGUGUGGUGGUUUCUGCUUGCUUCCCCCUCCAGUGCGUCAACACACAGCAGCAGUGACUUCUUUCAGGCGGACUUUGAACAACAGUGGGUCCAGCGCGGUGCACGGCGCGCUAAAUGACGCCCGUUCGAUCCCCGUGACACCUCCGCCAUGAGCUGCUUGGAUGUGAUGUACCAGGUGUUUGGAGCUCAGCCUUACUUCCCCUCCUACAGCCCCUACCACCACCAACACCACCACCACCACCACCAGAAAGUGGCCUUGUAUUCCAAAAUGCAAGACCCGCAGGGCGGUCCCCCCGGACCCCCCACCAUCAAAGAGGAGGAAAAGGAGCUGCCCCCGGGCGCCGAGUACCUGAGUGCACGCUGCGUCCUCUUCACGUACUUCCAGGGGGACAUCAGCACCGUGGUGGAUGAACACUUCAGUCGCGCACUCAGCCAGACCUCCUCCUCGUACUCCCCCAGCAGCGGACACAAGGCACCUAAAGAUGGAUCUUUCCCAAUGAGCCAAAGAAGUUUCCCUCCAUCUUUCUGGCACAGUUCCUACCAGUCGUCUGUCUCGUCCUCGUUGGCAAGCGCUCUGUCGGCCCCCCACUCGGAGCUCGCCUUCCCCGGGGACUCUUACUCCUCGUCGCCCCUCCACGGCCACCUGCACCACCAGCCCAGCCCCGAUGCCUGGUACCCGUCCCACCACCACCACCACCACCACCACUCGUACUCGUUAGGGGGCGCCAUAGGCACGCAGGGCUCAGCCUACCCCCGCCCGGCCAUGCACGAGAUGUAUGGCACGGCGUUUGAUCCCCGCUACAGCUCGCUGCUGGUGCCCUCGGUGAGGCCUCAUCACCGCCUGGCGUCUGGCGGCACCUCAGUACCCGGGUCCAGUAGCUCGCCCUGCGACCUGGGGAGCAAGGGGGAGUCCUGGACGGGGUCGGCGUGGAGCGGAAGUUUGUCAGGAUCUGGACAGGAGAUAGGACUCAACAUGGAAGCAGCUCUGUGCUACGGCGGCCUGUGCUGAUGCCAACAGAGACCAGAAGACGCCUUGAGGGACAAACUCUUUGACGGGAGAGACGGACGGUGGCAUGUGCGUGCUAUCAUACUGCAAGACUGGCCUCACUGGGACAACUGGUCUUUAGACUGUUGUGGCUGCUGUGAAGGUUCAAACAUCAUCAAGUUGUCUUAUGCAGUGAGAACUGUCUCCUGACUAUUUUAAAAGUAUGAUGCAUUAUAUGGACAGGUACUUGCACUUCGUUAGGUACACCGUCUCUGAUGAAAGAUGCGUAGUAAAUAGUAAUAUUACAAGCUGCUACUGCGUGUCACAAAGCGUCUCAGUCAACGAGGAUCGAACAGCAGCCAAGUUUGCAGUUUUGUUGACCCGUCCCUGCUGCCCUCACCCCCUUGCACCACCCCCCCGUCCCAACGUGGACUUCAAUCUGAUGGAUUCACUGACAUUGUCUCACUUAUACUUGGAGUAGCAUGUAUGGAGCUCCUCACACCUGGACUCUUUUUGAGAGGUGCUAUGAGUUUAAAAACAAAAGAUUACAAAGCAUCAGCAUGCAAUGUAAACUUUACACCCACGCCUGCCAGAAGUGGGGGGCGGGGGAGUCUCUCUGCCUGAUGGCGGACCAGGAGAGCUAUCACUGCUAUUUGAAGCCGCUUGACUCGCCGCUUGCUGCUCCCAUGCAGCUGUCAACGACAACUGCUCUUCAACUUAGUGAGCGUGCACACACACACAUGCACGCACACACACACACACAAAGUGGUGGUAGUCAAUAAAGGGAGCAUUUAGAGCGAGCUGGGACAACUGCUGUGUGAGAGGACACACAAGCACAACUAUGUGGGGCAACUGUCAAAAAGUCACUGCUGACUGUGUGUGCGUGCGCGUGAGCGUGUGUGAGCACGUGUGCAUGUCUAAACUGGAAAGGACCUCGCUAGGAUCAGUUGCCCUCAUGUUAGCGAAACAUUUCCCAAAAGUGUUCAGCUGAAGGCCCACGUUAGAACUGUUCAUUCUUUAAAAAUACAAUACUGUACUACCACCAACCAUUUAAGUUUGCCUAUUCUGUGUUAGAAUAUUUAUAAAAAGGUCAUUAGGUUGGAUACACUACUUUUUUUGGUCCUUUCGUUGACCACUUUUGGUGGGAAGAUAGCUUUCAGUCAAGCCUCCACUGCCACUUUAGCAACAUGACAUCAUCCAUCCACGUUUGCAAUUUCUAAUGACUGAACAUUCCAGUAUUUUCAGUAGUUUAACAUUGGGUGCGUUCUCAACAUUGCAGUCAUAGUUAAUAACAAUUCUCUUUAAUAAUUGUGUCUGUCUGGUCCGAGCGUCAGUGUUACUGUCUGUUUGUCAACUUUGCGGAGUUCCUCUUUCUCAGCGUACCUAAAUGUGUCGCAGAAAACCACGUGACAUCGCUCUCUUCUCCAAUUGGUAAGCGGUGUGCGAAUACAGCGGCAGAAUGCUUCUAAUAAACACAACGUGGAGCUGAAAUAGUCGUUGGGUAUGACAGAGUAUUGGAAUUUUAAAAAGCGGAGAUUUCGAGGAUAAAGUUGUUAGUAAGUAAGUCAAUUUACGACUUUUUUUCUCAUACAUUUAUGACUUUAUUCUCGUAAAUGUAAAAAGUUGUCAUAUAGCCUUUGCCCAAGGUCAAAGGUCACAUAAGUCCCCCCUUUUCAUAGCUGGUUCACGCAAUGAUUGCUACGACGGAGUAUUAAAAUGAUCUGGGAUUUUGACUUUCCGGGAAUAAAGUUGUAAAUGUAUGAAGAAAAACUAUAUUGUUGAAUAUUAUGACAAUAAAGUUGUAACUUUAUGUUGCAGGCGUUGCCUUAGACAGCUAUAAAAAGGGGGAACUUAUGUGACCUUUGGUCUUGGGCAUGUGGAGGGAGCGGGGUAAGGAAGGCGCAAGUGAGAAGGGCUAGCUAGACAUGCUAACCUAAAUUCUAAAUGCGUAACUGCUCUGUUUUGCUGCCGCCUUUUAAAUAAAAGCUUGCCUGAAGCAAGAGGAAAGUUUCCCUCUGACACAAUGACAUGUUAUAUUACGACUUUAUUUUCCUAAAUUUACGACUUUGUUCUCGUGAAUAUUACUACCUUGUUUUCGUAAAUUUACAACUUUUUUUCUGAGAUUUUGAGAAUAGAGUCAUAAAUGAACAACUUUAUUCUCGAAAAGGGAAUAAAGUCAUAAAUUAACAACUUUAUUCUCAAAAUCUCUGAUUUAUUUUUUUUUCAAUGUGGCCCUAAUACUCCGUCGUAGUUUGGCCAUACAUUUAGUGAGGAUACGAACAAUUAGCUGACUGCAGUAAAUGACUGUACUGUACUGUAAGACAACGUGGUGAGCGACACGGUGAAAAGAUGUGCCGUUGACAUGCAAACAUCAGCGUGCACGCUAAAGACUCCUUCGUUAAGUCGCCACUUUAAACUUUAGCAGCUGUUUAGCAGUGACUGCUGUGAGGUCAUUAAGAGGAUAAUUCAAACAAAGAAGAGAAUAAUUGACUUUGGUUGAAAACAUGCCGUAAAGUUGUUUUCAGACACUUCUUAGUUCCAUUUAUUUAUUUUGUUUAUGAUCUGCAAAACAUUUGUGUUCUUACCUUUUAUGUGUAUAUAAAGUACAUCCACCCCAUCCUUCUCCAGGAAAAGUUCUAAUACUUUGUUGUAAAAGUCUGAUCACCACCUGGUGAGCUUGGGUAUAUAAUCCUCCAUCUUGGCAGUCAAAUUUAUUCAUUCAUUCAGCAGAAAAAUACAAA